AUGUCGGUGGACCUCACGGGGCUCUCGGGCCACGCGCGGGCCGCGAUGAUUCGGCAAGAGUUUAUGCGCGCCAAGGAGACGCAUCCGAUGCGCAUCGAGGCCAAGCUCAUGGUGCGCAACUUCCGCCGCACCGAGAAACCAUCGAUGCAGCGCAAGCACCACGCGUGCGUGCUCUCGCAGCGCGACCGGAUCCAAGACAUCCUCGACCGCGUCCAGGCCAAGCUCAACUCGGACACGCUCCCAUUCCACUUUGGCAAGGAAGACAAAGAAUACGUCGUGCAGUGGGUCGAGGACGUGGAGUUCAUCUUGCACUACUUUCGUCCGCAAGCCGACCCGCGCAACGAUCCGCUGGGACGCAUGGUGGACAAGCUCUACUGGCUCCACCAGUCGUACGCGUGCUUUGCUGCGAUCGGCCACGACGCCAAGGCCAUCAUCGACGACUGGGACAGUCUCGGCAUGUUCGAGAACGACGCCUUUAGCGACGACAGCGACGACGACGAAGCGAAGGUGUCUUACGCGACCCUUUGUUGCGAUGCGAUCGAGCUCGACGCGGCUGCAGAGGCGCACCGCAAGGUAGCUGCCUGA